AUGCCCUUGAACCCACCUAGGAGCCUCCUCCAUCUUGCUAUAGGGAUUCAUCCGGGGAGUUCUCCCUUCAUUAGCACCAGGCGAGACGAGAUCAAGAUCUCUGGACUCGUCGCAAUGGCAGACCGCAUGAUGGCUAGAUGCGAGCGGACGGCUAGUGCUACUUCUCGAACGAUCCUCUGCUGGUUCCGAAGUACAAGGCCAGACACCCCCUAUAUCAAGCCAUUCACACUCGUAUCCAUGAAGUCCAGCCGGAGCCGGUACUACCGGCUUCUUCAGCGCUUCGUGGCCUUUGUCUUUCGUGCCUUUCGGCUUCCAACUCACCAGCGCUUGGAGGCAUCGGCCAUACGUUUCGACGCGAGACAGCAGGAAAAGCUUAAGGCUAUCUGGGAUCAUAGAGCCUGGGGGGAAGACGCGCUCGUCCGAUGGAGAACGUUUACGGCAUACCAACGGGAGGACGUCGACAUGCAGCACGGCCAAGAAGAUGUAGACGACACUGACAAGAGCGACAUGGACACCGAGGACGAUUAUCGCUCGGAAGACGACCCAAGCGACGGCGAAUACGACGAGAUGCUAGACGCCGCUGAGGGUCGCCAUAAGGGUGUGAAGCUCAGCCAGCCGCAGGACAGUUCACAUCCUCUCGAAGGUCCACGUAGUCCAGCGCUAGCGGAGCUCCUUGAGCUUCUGUUCGAGCUGUGCAUCAUGUUCUGCAUGCAGAGCUUCAGCGAUGGAGACCCCAGCUCGGCUCUACUUAUCUAUUUCAGCGGCAUUCUUGGUAUCAGUCCCGACUGCAGGGGCUUUAGGACAGCGAAGCUAUAUACGCCUCACCUAUCCGCACUCAUCUAUAUACAACGCCUGCUUUUUCUCGAGUACUCCCUGCCGCUUGAGGCGUAUAACCACAUCGGGAUUCCUCGACGGCCGCGGUUCCACCAGCACGAACGGCUCGACACCGUGAGGCAGAAAUAUAUGCUUGCCUCGUCGAUAACCCCUCUCCCAGAAAUGCUAAGUCUGCGGGACUACGGCAGAGUCAUCGCAAGAACUGAUCCUCCGGCAUACUUCGUACGCUGGAGCGAUGAUCUACAGACUAUCUCAUACGGGGACUCCUUUAGCGUUGCAAUGAACAAAUUCCGACGGCUCGCAGAGUACUUCAUCACCCAGUCCGAGGAGACCUGCCGUGAUCUCAUACUUGGAUUAAGAAGGGUAGAGAAGGACAUUAAAGGAAAGCGCGCGUCUCGGGCCUCAGUAUUGGUCACGUCGGAGUUAAGGUAUAUCCAGAGGGUAAAGGGCGGGAGAUUUAUGUUUUCAAUGGUGGUGCGGCUGUGGUUUUCAUGGACUGUUGAUGGUCAUUACGAAUGUGGAAUGAAACAUGUCAAAAUGAGCCAACAAUGCUUGCCCCCAAACUAUGAUGUUUACUUGCUACCCUGA